AUGAAAUCAUCGUUCGAGAACUCGUCUUCCGGGUCAUCCGGGGGAUCCAAAUUGAGCACCCGGCGGGAUAAUAUCCUUCAAACCGUUAUCCCUUUCUCCUUCACUGUCUGCUUCAAGUCUGUAAUUUCCUUCAACCAAUCAACUCCAUCUUCCGCUCACUCACUUUUGAUUUUGUUGCAAGUUCGACAUGCAAUUCAAGUGUUCGAUGAAAUGCCUGAUGCCCUGAACUAUAUCUUCUUUAGGCAUGAACUCAAAUUCCGAUUCUUUUCUUCUCGAAGAUGA